AUGGAAAUCCCAGACACCCAAUGGGCUCAGGUUCUUGAGCAAACAGGCGGCCCCGUUAUCUACAAGCAGAUUCCGGUCCGGAAACCAGGUCCGGACGAAGUCCUCGUGAAGAUCAAGUACUCGAGCGUGUGCCAUACCGAUCUGAGUGCUAUGAAAGGCGACUUGCCGAUUCAGAUGAAGCUCCCUCUUGUCGGUGGGCACGAGGGUGCCGGUAUGGUCGUAGCGAAGGGUGAUCUGGCGACGGAAAUCGACAUUGGCGACCAUGCAGGCAUCAAAUGGAUCAAUGGCUCAUGCCUGUCGUGUGAGUUUUGUCAAAAUGCCGAUGAGCCGCUGUGUCCGAAAGCCUUGAUGUCGGGAUGUACUGUUGAUGGGACCUUUCAGCAAUACUGUAUUGCCAAGGCUGCGCAUAUCUCUAAGCUCCCCAAGAAUGUGCCUCUUGACGCUGUUUCUCCCAUCCUAUGUGCCGGUCUUACUGUCUAUAAGGGUCUUAAGGAGUCCGGUGCCAGACCGGGCCAAUUGGUCGCCAUUGUCGGUGCUGGAGGCGGGCUGGGAUCUCUAGCCCAACAGUAUGCAAGGGCUAUGGGCAUGAGAGUCAUCGCCAUCGACAUUGGGGAGGAGAAGAGAGCAUUGUGUGACGAGCUGGGAGCUGAAGCCUACAUCGACUUCACCGAGUCCAAAGACCUCGCCCAUGAUGUGCAAGUGGCCACCCCAGACGGGCUCGGCCCCCACGCUGUCCUCCUGGUGGCCGCCUCCGAGAAGCCCUUCCAGCAGGCCACCAGCUAUGUGCGGUCUCGGGGCACCAUCGUGGCCAUCGGUCUGCCGCCCAACGCGUACCUCAAAGCGCCCAUUUUCGGCACCGUUAGUCGCAUGAUUACUAUCAAAGGCAGCUAUGUCGGCAACAGGCAGGAUGCGGCUGAGGCGAUCGACUUUUUUGCACGGGGCCAGAUUAAGGCGCCUUUCAAGAUCCUGCCGCUGAAGGACCUGGGACAUGUGUACCAGCUGAUGGGUUGGUUUGUCCGCCACCUCAUUAUUGGGACGUAUGCCGGAGUGAUAUGUUACGAGCCUACCAUGCAACAGGCUCGUCCUUUUGCUUCUUCACCAAGAACGACAUUGAGCCACAUCUUCUGA